CGGUACACCUCGCAGCAUGCUCUCUGCUCUCGGACUUGCCUCGUUGUCCAGGGUGCGGUGACAGACUCAGAUCCCAUCUACUCUGGCAAGAGAAGACUCAAGACAGGCACAUUAGAUGCACAACGGAAGAAAAUGAGGUGUUUACUAGUGAUUGAAGGCCGGCCCAAGAGGGUGCUUAAGAUGCUGUCUUCGGGUAGUAUCUGCACCUCACACGUGCGCCAGCCAGGCUCAUGAGCAGAUUACCUGCCCCAACAUCCCCCGCCGACUCACCCUGUACCCCUGGAAAGCUCUCGCCACCCUCCACCAUCCUGUCAGACCUGGGUGGCGUAAUGACGAAGGGCUGAGCUUGACGCAGCAGAGGAUGAAUUCGACAGGAAUGCUCAAUGGGCACCACCCCAGGAACCACACUCUGGGGGCCCCCCCAGGGAGCAAGGUGACCCUGGGAAGUCGAGGGUCCUCCUCUGGCUGCUACGAGCAGCUGCUGAUCUCCAACGAGGUGUUCCUGGCGCUGGGCAUCGUCAGCCUGCUGGAGAACAUCCUGGUGAUUGCAGCCAUCGUGAAGAACAAGAACCUGCAUUCGCCCAUGUACCUGUUCAUUUGCAGCCUGGCGGUGGCCGACAUGCUGGUGAGUGUCUCCAACGCCACGGAAACCAUGGUGAUCGCACUUAUCACCAGCGGCAACCUAAGUAUCAACGUGGCGCUCAUCAAGACCAUGGACAACGUCUUCGACUCCAUGAUCUGCAGCUCACUGCUGGCCUCCAUCUGCAGCCUGCUGGCUAUCGCCAUCGACCGCUACGUCACCAUCUUCUACGCGCUGCGCUACCACAAUAUCGUGACGGUGCGCCGGGCACUGACCAUCAUUUCGAGCAUCUGGGCAUUCUGCACCAUCUCGGGCGUGCUCUUCAUCGUCUACUCGGAGAGCACCACCGUGCUCAUCCUCCUCAUCACCAUGUUCCUGGCCAUGCUGGUCCUCAUGGCUUCAUUGUAUGUCCACAUGUUCCUGCUGGCGCGCCUGCACAUUAAACGCAUCGCCGCAUUGCCUGGCAACGCGCCCAUCCACCAGGCGACCAACAUGAAAGGUGCCAUCACACUCACCAUCCUUCUAGGUGUAUUUGUCGUAUGCUGGGCCCCCUUCUUUCUCCACCUUAUCCUCAUGAUCUCCUGCCCGCGGAACCCCUACUGUGUCUGCUUCAUGUCGCACUUCAACAUGUACCUCAUUCUCAUCAUGUGCAACUCGGUCAUCGACCCCAUCAUCUAUGCCUUCCGCAGCCAGGAGAUGCGCAAGACCUUUAAGGAGAUCUUCUGCUGCUGGUGCAACUUCCCCUGCUCCUGCUCUUGUGACCUAAGGGGCAAAUAUUGAACCCCCACACCCCCCUUCCAAAAGAUGAAAGUUGCCAGUGCAUCAGCGCCCCCUGGCUGUCUCAGUACUCAGGGCAUGGCUAAUAAGGUAUGUGCACACCAACGACAUGAGAAAAGUAACAUGCUUAUUGUUUAUGAAAUCAUCUAUUGUGUUUGUUGAUUGACUUUACUGUGAAACUACUGUGAACGGAAGAGACACAUUGCUAAAGUCUACGAUGUGCAAAAUAUCUGUGAUUUUUGGAAAGGCUACAAGUGUUAAGAAAAAGCCUCAUUUAUAGUGACGCUUAUUUGAAAGCUUGGAUCUAUUCUCUGAUAACCGAACAAGCUGCUUAAAGAUUUUAAACCCGUUUGCACUUUGGCUGAGUUUACUCGUCGUCCCUGUGGGUGAUGUCGCCAGCUUGGUUGGUGAUCAUGUGCCUGAGAACACCACUCGCACGAAAAACACCAAGCCAGCAAUCGAUCCACCCGGACUACUGACGACAAACCGAACUGACAGUUCCGAUGAGAGCAAUGUGCCAACCGUGUCCCCUCCUGGCGAGGGCACGAUAAAGCGAUACCGCUUUUUCCGAUCGUUUGUGUUUCAGUCAUUAAAAAGCACUGUGAACGUGCCGCGAUGCUGUGAGUUAUUUCUGUAUCAGUGUGUAUCUUUAUUAUCUAUACUCCUGUAAAUUAUUCUGAUGUUAAUAUCUGUAUAUUUUGGGUAUAGUUCAUUACCACCUGCUGUGAGUCCUGCCCACACACGCAUAUUCCGAUAUCGUUAUAUUGUAAUUUAUGCUGAUAGUAGAAGUGUACGUGCUUUGCGGGUUUCCUAGUUUUUAUUUUGAAAACUGCACUCUGAAAUU